UUUGUUGCAGUUACUGGUUGCUGUUGGUACUUCAGGGGAAUAAGAGUUGAGAGCGAAGCUUAAGGUUUGAGCUUUACAGUCAUACAACUUCUUGGAGAUAUUGGUGGGGGAAUGACGAUAUCCAGACUUGCAUGCCUCGGUUACGAGAUUUCUCUGGAGGAGCUCUGGUUUCUUGAGUUUUAAGUACCGGAGUUAGGCGUUCAUCACAGCCUUUACGGGGAAAUUUCACGAGUGGGAUGGGAUGAGUUUCUUAUUUGGCCAUAUUUUUUGGAUAUUUCUAUGAUUGCGAAGUAACCUGGUGUUUGAGGAACGGAAAAUGCUUGAUUUUAUGUCAUAUGCUGUUCUGCUCUUGCUUCCGUCUCUGCUGCGGGACCUGUGUAUGUUCUGAUCAUGACCAGGCCUGUUCGUGGUAAAUCUCUCAAAGAUGAAAAUGGUAAUAUUAGCGAUCAUCUCCGCAAUCAUGUCCAUUUGACAAAUUGCAUUCAUUUGAAGAACCAUAUGCACAAGCAGAGCCCCAUAUUGACCGAAAGGUCGCUUAUGAGGGACCUUAUUGUCCUUCAGAGGACAAGGUCUCUCAGAGAUCCUUCAACUAGUCCUCCCUCUUGGCAUUCUCCUUCUAUUGCUGAUUCUUUGUCUAAGAGACUAGAAAAGGAUGUUGCAAUACGUGAGGGAAGGAGGUCUAUAGGCAUUGAGCGUAGAAGGGAAGGUAGAAGGUUAUCAGGAAGCUCCCCACCUCUUGCAAGUGAAGUGGCACCAAAGGUUGCUGCUGCUGAAGUGAGCAGGGACAACGCUGGAGGGGCAGUAACUAGUGAUCGGAGUAGCAUAGGUAGAGUUAGAAAUUCCAAAAGAAUUAUGGGAGAAGAAUCUAAUCAGAAAACUAGAAGGAGCGAUCUUCUUGGUGGUACUGAGGAUACUGUACAAGAUGCUCACAACUCAGUCGAUGACUUACUGUCAGGUAAGGCAGAACCAAGAGCUAAAAAGAUUUUGGGGAAGGGGAAGGCUCGUCAAGAUGUGCAGCUUAAAACCCUUUCAGAACAGCUCAACGAGUUUCCAAUGGACAGUGAUGAUGUUGAUUCUUUUCACAUUCAUCAACAUGGAAGACAUAUACAACAGGAGAGAACCAGUAAGGAACUAGAAGCUAACAAUCAUGGCUACUGCAGUGGAUUGCGCAGGGUAGGGAGGCAUAGGUUGCGAGGCGUGAGGAGAGCUCAGCCUGCUACUGGCUCAAGAGAUAUCGGAGCUCACAAUGAAUUGUCUGUGGCUUCGAAUUCAUUAGCCCGUGGUUCACAACCUAAGUAUUACAUGGAGGAAGAAGAGGAUGGCGAUUUGAAUCUGGAUGGCACCCGGGCUCCUGGAAAUGGGUGUGGCAUUCCUUGGAAUUGGUCGAGAAUUCACCACAGUGGAAAAACAUUUCUGGACAUGGCUGGAAGGAAUUUAUCUUGUGGGCUGUCCGACACAAGGUCAAGGAAAGGGGGCUCCAUUCCCCAAAUAAGAGAUGGUUCAGAUAUGCCUGCAGAAUCUGAUCACUCAAGCUCAUCUACCAAUUCUGAUGCAGAGGCACUGCCUCUACUAGUUGAUCCAUCAGGAUCUCAGGACAGCACAGACAAUUCUGCUUGGCCGCGGGAGUAUUCAGGGGGGCUAGGAAUUUUUUCUGAUAAUGGUUUAAAGCAUGAGGUAGAUUUUGACCUUGCUUCUGAAGCUAGAUCUGGUGAUCGUGAUCGUCCCAACUUAAAAGGGCACCGCCAUGUUAGACACCAAAGUUUGACGCAAAAAUAUAUGCCAAGAACCUUCAAGGAUCUUGUGGGACAGAACUUGGUAGCACAGGCUCUUUCAAAUGCUGUUGUGAAAAGGAAAGUAGGCUUGACAUAUAUGUUUUAUGGUCCUCAUGGCACUGGAAAGACCUCAUGUGCUCGUGUUUUUGCCAGAGCUUUAAAUUGCCAAUCUCCAGAACAUCCCAAACCUUGUGGUGGCUGCAAUUCAUGUAUUGCACAUGAUUUGGGUAAGAGCAGAAAUGUAAGGGAACUUGGUCCGAUUGGAAAUUUUGAUUUUGAGAGCACCAUGGAUCUAAUUGACAACAUGAUUAUGUCCCAGCUGCAAUCUCAGUAUAGAGUUUUUAUUUUUGAUGAUUGCGAUAAUUUGCCCCCUGAUUCCUGGAGUGUUAUCUCAAAGGUCAUUGAUCGAGCACCCAGACGUGUGGUUUUUAUCCUUGUUAGUACAAGUCUCGAUCAUUUACCUCAUAUAAUUAUAUCCAGGUGUCAGAAGUUCUUUUUUCCAAAGCUGAAGGAUGCAGAUAUCAUCUAUACAUUGCAGUGGAUCGUAACCCAGGAAGAUUUAGAGAUUGAUAAGGAUGCACUAAAACUUAUUGCAUCACGUUCAGAUGGAUCUUUGAGGGAUGCUGAGAUGACUCUAGAGCAACUGAGUUUGCUUGGGCAGAGGAUUACUGUCCCUUUGGUUCAGGAACUUGUUGGAUUGAUCUCUGAUGAGAAAUUGGUAGAUCUACUUGAUUUGGCGUUAUCAGCAGACACUGUGAACACUGUAAAAAACUUGAGAGAGAUUAUGGAAGCUGGUGUGGAGCCAUUAGCAUUGAUGUCACAGCUUGCUACAAUAAUAACUGACAUUCUUGCUGGAAGCUAUGUGUUCACCAAGGAAAGGCUAAGGAGGAAGUUCUUCCGCCGAUCAACAUUGUCCAAAGAAGACAUGGAGAAACUGCGUCAAGCUCUCAAAACUCUAUCCGAAGCUGAGAAACAACUGAGAAUGUCUAAUGACAAACUAACAUGGCUAACAGCUGCACUGCUUCAACUAGCUCCUGAUCAGCAGUAUAUUUUGCCUAGUUCUUCUGUAGACACUAGUUUUAAUCAUAGUCCUGCAGUCCUAAAUAACAAUCGGAGAGACAUAACCAAGAAAAGUAACAUUGAUCAUGCUGACAUGUCUAACAACGAAAGGGCCUUGUUAACAAAUAUUAGGAUGCAACUCCAAAAUGGAAGUGCUGAUGAUGUUAUUUGCAAUAAUGGAAAGAUCAACAGCAAUAGUGUAGGAGGGAAAAAACAGACUGGGGUGCCUCCUCAACGAACAUCUGCAUUGUUUACUGAUAUAACUAGUGCACGUGCUGAGCAUACUUCGGGGAAAGGCCAUAAAAGAAUUGAAGAAAUUUGGUUGAAAGUUCUUGAGAAGAUUGAAACCCAUGCCCUAAAGCUGUUUAUGCAACAAGAAGGAAAGCUGAAAUCAGUCAGUUUUGGUGCAGCUCCAAUCGUAUAUUUGAUGUUCAGCUCGGAUCUGACCAAAUCUGAGGCGGAAAGAUUCAGGGGAAAAAUCUUACAAGCUUUUGAAUCUGUUCUCGGAACCGCUGUGACUAUUGAAAUCAGAAGUGAAGCUAGGAAACAUUUGAGUAAAAUGGUUUCAAAGGAUAGAGCUGUCAAAGCAGUUGGUUCUAGUCAAGCGAAACCAUUGCAAUCUGACUCCCAUGAGAUGGCAAAAGGUGAAAUUGUUGAAAUAGCUGCUUCUCCCAGAGAGAGAGAGUGCAUUGAGCAUGCAGAUAACAAUGCACAGUUCGAUGAAGUAGGUAUAGAAAGUGCUUGGAUGGGGGAAGAAGCAUUUUCUCAUCAGAAAUCCUUGCGUGAUGAAGUGGACGGUCAGAGCUUAGUUGAAACCAAGGUUUCCCUUGCACAUGUAAUUCAGCAGGCAGAAGUAUGUACACAACCAAGUGGACGGCCGAGACGCAAGCCGAUUUUUAUUUCUGAAAAUAUUGAACACGAGAAUCUGAGAUUGGAACCUAGAUCGAGAAACUUGCUGUGCUGGAAAGCAUCUAGUGAAACUAGAGGAAAGCUUUCAUGUUUGAAACUGAAGGCAAGGAAACCACGUUCUCUAUUGAAGCUUGUAUCUUGUGGAAGAUGUAUCUCUAGUAAAUCACAAAGGUAAUUUUUAGAAAUUUUACAGGAGAAUUCCGUGAUAGCUUAAAGCCUUUCGUGCAUUGUAUUGUAUUUAUUCAUACUCCUUCCACUAAGAGAGCCAAUUGUAGCAGUCUGGUCAUUUUUAAUAAAGCUAAUUUUUAUACC